AUGUUCAACCGGCUCCCCGCUGCCGUCCAGAUCUCCGGGGGAUUCCUCCUCCGCCUUGCUGGCGUCGUUCAAAGUCCUCUCUUCGUUUUCCUCUUCUGCAACGCCAUCAUCGUCACGCUCAUGCUCAAAUCCGCCAGAUUCCCCGCCGCGGACAAUGCUGAUGGCGAGGAUCUCGUCGGGAACCUCGUCGAGAACGCCGACGGUCGCUGCCUUUCGAGGACGACGGUGCCGGCGAGUGGAUUCACUGCUCUGCCGCCUGCGGCGGAGGAAGAGGAAGAGGAGGUUGUGUUUCAGGACAAGGAAGUCGUCAAUGCCGUCGCCUCGGCCGUCGUCGAGUGCCAGGCCGAUGAAAUUGAUUCUAAGAAUGAAGUCAAUUUCUUCUACUCUUCCGAUUCCGACUCCGAAUCGGAGGCGGAAAAUCGGAAAGUUUUCCGGCGGACGAGGUCUGAGAAUCUGCAGAGGAAGCGCGGAGAUAUGACGAAAAAGAAGCUGCAGAGGUCGGAGACGGAGAAGAGCAGGAAAACAGACGAAGGCGGCGGAGUAGGAGAGGAUGAGCUGAGCGACGAGGAGUUUCAGCGGGCGGUUGAAGAUUUCAUCGCCAAGAAUUUGAGGUUUCGCCGGGAAGAAACGAUGGCGGUGGUGGUUCAGGGGCGGUGCUCCGUCCCACAAUUCGAGCUUAAAAAUGGAAUCGUAACUAAUUAA